AUGAAAUUUCUUAAACUUUCAUUAUCAUUGUCAUCGAUACAACAUCGUUCAUUGGACGGUAUGGAAUUAGUUGGUGAUUAUGAGAAUAAUGAUUGGCAGAUCACAAAUCCACAGCAAUUAAUUUCUGGUCCUUUAUCGAAUCCGACGAAUUCAAAUUCUUAUUUUUGGAAGCAACCAAUCUACUAUUGCCGAAAUUGCCAUCAAGGUUCAGAUCCUAUAUCCGAUAAGGAUAAACCUGCUAUUAUAAAAUCGGAGUUCCUGUGGAAUGAGCUCAAUGGUCAUUUUCAGUUUCAACGUGAAUAUGAAAUUCUUAAGAAGGAAUAUGAAAAUGCCAUGCAAAAAUUAAAUUCAACUAUGAAUUCGAUAAAAUCAUUUUGGAGUCCUGAGCUAAAGCGAGAAAGGCAAUUAAGGAAAGAAGAAUCUUCCAAAUUAGCUUCGUUACAACGACAAAUAGCUAUGAGAAAUGUAAUAAGUGGCACUUCUUCUAUGGCAGAAUUAGAUGAUUUAAAGCGAGAAUUAGAAGACUGUCAAUAUGAAUUGAUGCAAAAGGAGGAAAUGAUAAGAUGUUGUAUGGAAAGCAAUGAAUUGGGACGUGAUCCUGGAGUUAUUGGUCCUCGAUUUGCUGAAUUAGAAAAACGAUGUAAUCAGUUAGAAUCAUUGCUUAAUAUUCGCGACCAACAGAUUCGUUCAAUGGAACAGCAAAUUACUCAGCUAUCUUCUUUUCAGUCUACUGAAUCUGCUAAGGAUCGGCAUAUCGCUACUCUUGAAGAAGAAAUAUCGAGAUUAAGAUUAAACCAAAAAGAUAAACCUCGUGAUUUUACUGAUAAGUCGAUAUCUUCCCAAGAAUUGAAUACAUUUCGAUUAAAGCUGGAACGAAGUGAGGUUGAAUUGGCACAAAAAUGCACAGAAUUAUCAUCAGUGCAGGCUCGAUUACAAUCUGCUUUAGACGAAAACGAAGAACUUCGUAAGCAUUUAGGAGUACUUCGACAAUCCGCAAGUGUUAAAGAAAAACAUUCCUCUUUGCUACAGUCCGAUAUUGAAGCUUUGAGAGCAAAAUUAGAGGCAAAAAAUAAUCAGCUUGAACAAAAAGAUAAAAUUUGUGAUCGUUUAAACAAAGAUUUAAAACAAACAAAAGACCAAGUGUCGCUGGAACAAAGGCAAAGUCAGUUAAUUGCAAGAUUAGAUGGUAUUGAAAAAAUGCUGCGUGAAAAAGAAAGUGAAUUAGAUGAAACGAAACAAAAAUUGUUAUCGCUUCCAGAUGCUCAACAGGAACGUUUUAUGAAACUGCAAAUUGAAGAAGCAAAUCGCGACAAAAUACGAAUGCAGUCAUUGAUGGAUGAGAUUCGUCGUAAUGCCGAAAAAGAGAAAAGUGAACAACUUGAGACAUUUAAAGAGAAAAAUAAGCAGUUAAGUUCAACCAUUGAAAGUCUUCAAAAAGAAUUGGCAGAUAGGCAAAUUCUAUUAGAAUCUCAAAAUGAAAAAAUCGGCGAUUUGGACAGACAAUUAUGUUCUUUGGCCUCAAAAAAUGAUCGAAAUCAGUCACAAUCCAUUGAUGAACAGGUUUCUACAAUACUGGAAGCAAGGAAAGAAAUCGAUUCACUUCUUAGAAUGGUUCAAAAUCUCGAAAAAGAAAAAUCUUCUCUUGUUUCUCAGUGUAAACAGUUUAUUUACUUUUUUGCAAAUACCUCCAUGAAUUAUCAUUUUAUUUUAUACUGCUUUUCUUUUAGAGUCGAAGAGCUUGAAGAAGCUUUACGUGAAUCAGUUAGUAUCACCGCUGAACGAGAGGUACAUGUUGCUCAACAAAAGCAAAUAAAUCAACAACUCAUAAUGCAGUUGUCAGAAGCUCGACAUGAAUUAAAUGAACUUCGCAAACAUUUAAAAGAUUUAACGGCAGUAGACAAGGAUGAAAUGAUGCGAUGUUUUGAAGUGGAACGAAGACAGCACUUAGAGCAGUUACUUCAGUUUAAGCAUGAGGCGCUUGUUGCUGCUAUUGCCGAAAAAGAUGCGCAUAUUGCGCUUUUAGAGCAAUCAAGAGAUAAACCUCGCGAUGAAAUUGAGACUCUUCGUCAUCAUAAAGAAAAAUUAAUGGAAAAAUUGAAAGAAGAAAAUGAACGUCGUGCGCAACUUCUUAGCUCAUCUACAGUUAAUAUUGCAAGUAAGUUAUUAAAUUUUGGAAUUUGGGCUUAA